AUGGAUGCUUUAACCCAAAGCAUUCUUGAGAAACACAUCAACCAACAACCCAGCGUCGAGGGGAGACUCGUCUUUGACCGAGACCAGUCUCGUUAUCUCCACCAGGGCUUCUGGGCGGCCAUGUAUGAUGAGAUCGGGGACUUGGAUUUCACUCUUCAAUCGAAGCCUCAAAUUGUCGACAAUUUCCUUCUCGCCAGCCUCGGAAGCCAGUCGUGUCCAGAGUACUCACACCCUUCCAGAGACGAGGGCGACUUUCUGCUCAAAGUCUUCGUCGAAAAGGUGGACCCUUUCGUCCACCUCCUUCAUAAGCCUUCCUUUCUUUCGGAACUCAAUCAUUUCCGGCGCGGCCUCCUGGGAAGUGACACGACAUUCGAGAUUAUGCUUUUUACCAUCUAUAUGCUUGCCUUGCUGCCUCUGAAACCCGCCACGGUCGAGACCCGGCUGCACGAACCCAAGGUGGCUCUCAUGUCGCGCUAUCGGUCUUAUGUGGAGUAUGGAUUGAGUCGAAAGAACAUUACUACCUCUCAAUCCCUCAGCACUCUCCAAGCGUUCCUGCUGUACAUGACACACUUAUUCUGGAUAGGUGAGAUGCUUCACGUCAGUACCCUCCUGGGGAUCGCAGUCGCCAUGGCACGCAGGAUGGGUCUUCAUCGCGACGGGUCUUCAUUCCCUCUUGCACCGUGGCAAGUCGAGCUACGGCGUCGCCUGUGGCACCACAUUGUGGUCCUUGAUGGUUGGUGUGUGGAGAAUCACGGAUUGCCACCUUUGGUGAGCCUGGAACAUGUGAAUACCGCGUUACCUCAGAAUUCGAAUGACUCUGCCUGGGACACCUCCAAAUUCGCAUCAUCGCGUCCGGCAGUCGUGACGACUUUCACGGAUAUGACCAUCUCGUUGCUGCAGUCUGAGAUUGGAUCACUGACGACCUUCACCCUCAAACAUCCUUACACGAGCUCUAUGGAUGUUCGGGCGUACCUUGAUUUCCAGACGGAGAUCUUGGGAAAAGCGCGUCAACGACUGGAGAGCACAUAUUUGAAGUGUCUCGACCGAAAUCAAGUUGUGCACAGACUGGCGCGAGACUUGGCAGACCUGGCGUUCACACGAAUCAGGCUGAUACAGCUACAGCCCGUCUUAAAUGCAAGAGGCUGCGGGGAACAGGAACAGGCUGAGAUUGCGGCAAAGUUAUAUGGGAUGGCAACUGACUACUGCAAAACAUCGCAAUUUCUGAUAUCUGCAUAUGCACCGCAUAAUCUCGACUGGGCUAUUGUACGGGCCUUCUCAUGGCAUUCGGUGGCGACCAUGCUCUCGAUGGUAUUACGGCACGACAGUCUCGCUAGCACGCCCGAAGCAAGAGCAGCGCGGUCGAGGAUAGAGAAAUUGUUUCAAAACCGUUCAUCGAUUGGCUAUCUUGCGGACAAUGACAGUCUUUGGGUGCCGUUGCAGAAAUUGCGGAUGGAAUUGGCGGUUAAGGAAGGUACAUUCGAAGCAAAAAACCUCGAGUCAGUCUCUUCCAUGGAUGCCUCGGUUGAUCUUUCGCACUUUGGGUGGAAUGGAGAAGGCGUUUCUAGCAUGUUUAGUGGUUGGGGUGACGACCAUAUGCCAGAAGCGCUACGGUAG